AUGAUAGCUGUGACACUAGUACUGCUUGCAGUCUUUGUCAAAGCUGAAGAUACUAUUUGCAAAAUGUUGCAAACCCAACCAGAUGAACCUCUCUUUGCAAAAGAUGGUGACAUCAUAAUUGGAGGAAUUUUUUCUUUUCAUAACAGCAUAGCAGAUGAGAAACCUAUGUUUAAGGAAAUGCCUGGGCCCCACAAAUGUAAAGAUUUUAAUAUUAAAGAGUUUCUCUUUGCCAAAACAAUGGCUUUUGCUGCUGAAGAAAUUAACAACAAUUCAGAUAUUCUUCCUGGAAUUUCUAUGGGUUAUAAAAUAUAUGAUGACUGCAGUUCAGUUCCUUUAGCAAUGACAGCAGCAAUAGCUUUAGUAAAUGGCCUAGAAAAGUCAGUAACCAGUUUUACAUGCAGUAAACCUUCAAACAUUUAUGCAAUUAUAGGAAUGUCUGACUCAACGCCAACCAUAGCAGUUACAACAUCUCUUAGAUCGUAUCAUAUACCGGUGAUAAGUUACUAUUCCACAUGUGCAUGUCUCAGCAAGAAACUGGACUUUCCAACAUUCUUCAGAACUAUCCCAAGUGACUAUCACCAAAGCAAAGCCCUGGCACAGCUUAUAAAGCACUUUGGAUGGACUUGGCUUGGAGCAUUAAGCAGUGACAACGACUAUGGCAAUACUGGAAUAGCAGCAUUCAUAGAAGCUGUUCAGAAAGAAGGCUUGUGUGUGGAAUACGCUCAUUCAAUUUAUAGAAACAGCCCAAAAGAAAAAAUCCUUGCUCUUGUGGAUAUUAUGAAAAGGGCUUCCUCCAAAGUAAUUGUUGUUUUUGCCAUAUUCUCAGAUUUAGAAGAUCUGAUAAAAGAGCUUUUCCUUCAGAAUGUCACCAGCCUUCAGUGGAUAGGAAGUGAAGGCUGGAUUUCAAGUGAAUACCUGGCAACAAAGGAGAAUUACAGUGUUCUUAAGGGAGCACUUGGACUUGCAAUCAGUAAUGUCAUAAUACCAUCAUUGCCGGAUUAUUUGAAAGCCAUACGUCCAUCUGAAAUUCCUAAGAGUAUUGAUUUAAACAUGUCUUGGGUAAAUGCCUUUAACUGCAGCUUAGAAACUGAAGCUGAAGUCUUACGUAAUAUCUCAUGUAUAGAAGCACCAUGGCAGAUAAGCAACCAAUACACCGAUGUUCCUGAUGUCAGAAUUGCCAACAAUGUAUACAAAGCAGUCUAUGCGAUUGCACACUCUCUGCAUAGUUUCUUUGAAUGUCAGUAUAAUUUAACAAAUGGUACAUGCAGUAAUAAAAGCAAAGUUGAACCUUGGCAGGUGUUGGAAAACUUGAAAAAAGUUAAUUAUACCACAAAUUAUGGAGAGAAUGUGCACUUUGAUGACAAUGGAGAUCCAGUAGCAAGAUAUGAUCUUAUAAACUGGCAGAUGAGUGAGGAAGGGGCUAUAAAAUUUGUCACUGUUGGUCUCUAUGAUUCCUCCUUACCAGAGGGAAAGCAGUUCUUCAUGAAUAAUGUUAACAUCAUGUGGAGAGAUGGGUAUAACAAGGUGCCUAAAUCUGUCUGCAGUGAGAGCUGUCAGCCAGGCACACGUAAGGCUGUUCGAAAGGGUAAACCUAUAUGUUGCUUUGACUGCCUAAUAUGUGGUGAAGGAGAAAUCAGCAACAUGACAGAUUCAGUUUUUUGUCUGAAGUGUCAACUGGAAUAUAAAUCCAAUGAACAAAGAGAUCAGUGCAUUCUAAAGGAUAUUGAAUUUUUAACAUUUGGAGAAAUCAUGGGAAUGCUAUUGGUCAUAUUAUCAAUUUUAGGGACUAUUGUGACAUUAACUGUUGCUACUGUUUUUUUUAAAUAUAGACAGACUCCAGUGGUGAAAGCAAAUAAUUCUGAGCUCAGCUUCCUCCUACUUUUCUCUUUGACUUUUUGUUUUCUUUGUUCUCUUAGUUUUAUUGGUGAACCCUCUGAUUGGUCUUGUAUGUUGCGACAUACGGCUUUUGGCAUCACAUUUGUUCUUUGCAUCUCUUGCAUUCUAGGGAAAACAUUGGUUGUACUGAUGGCGUUUAGAGCUACACUCCCUGGCAACAAUAUCAUGAAACUUUUUGGUCCCAGACAACAAUGUUUUAGUGUGUUUUCUUUAACUGCAAUUCAAAUCUUGAUUUGUGUCUUAUGGUUAAUGCUAUCACCACCCUUUCCUGUAAAAAACAUGCAGCACUACAAUGACAAGAUCAUUCUAGAAUGUGACUUAGGUUCCGCAGUGACUUUUUAUGGUGUUUUGGGAUAUAUUGGUCUUCUGUCUAUCAUGUGCUUUAUUCUUGCCUUUUUGGCUCGAACAUUGCCAGAUAAUUUUAAUGAAGCUAAGUUUAUCACAUUCAGCAUGUUAAUAUUUUGUGCAGUUUGGCUUGCAUUCAUUCCUGCUUACAUCAGCUCACCAGGUAAAUAUACUGUGGCUGUGGAAAUUUUUGCUAUUUUAGCUUCCAGCUUUGGUUUGCUUUUCUGUAUAUUUGCCCCAAAAUGCUAUAUUAUAUUGUUAAAACCAGAAAAAAAUACAAAAAAAUUUUUAAUGGGAAAAAAUCAACCAAAGGCUUGUUGA